AUGGAGCUUGGCCUUUAUGAAGAGGAGGAGGAAGAGGAAAUCGACACGGACAAUACCGAUGAAGAAGAGCCUCUUGAAGAACCUCUUGAAGAAUUUGGCUUUACUACAGCUACUGGGGGCGACUCUCCAUACCUUUCUCAUCUGUCUCCCAAUCAGACACUGUCUGCAUUGUCUGUGCCUGCCCACCAACAGCGGCAGCCACAUGUCGAACCUUCUCCAGAGGCUUCGUUUGAAACGUCUGAGCCUUCCCACGAGUUUGGCUAUGACCUGGAAUCAUCCAUGCGUUCGCCACUCAAGCGCAUUGUCUGUCCUAUUUGCUUGCAUACCUUUGCCAACAAAGCGAACUUCAAGCGCCACCAGCUUCUGCACUGGCCAGUAAGACGGAAGUUCCCCUGCUUCCUCUGCCCCAAGCAGUUCAACUGGCCCGAUGAUGUCAAGCGGCAUAUUCGCAGUGUGCAUCAACUCAAUGUGGACCCAAAGGGGCGCAAGCAGCCUCCGCCCAGCAUGGCAUUGUGA